AUUUUCGAUUCCCAUAAAGGUCGGGCAGGGUUAUGUAUAUUCCACAGCCAAGCACAGGCCUGAGCCCUUCGGGGAACAGUGUUUUAAGCUGACGAGUACCGGGGUGAGUCUGGGACUGGAUCGUUUAGAGAUGAGGUGGGCAUCAGUGUCGGCGCCCGGGGAGCCGGCUUUAGCUGCGAGAGGAGGAGGAGGAGGAAGAAUUAGGGAAGAGGAAGGCAGACGCACUAUAGGGGCUGGCGCUGCGGGACUGCUGGGGCAGCGGGCGCGGCCCUGCCUCCCUCUCUGAAACUGGCGCUUGGAUGCGGGCGCGCCGCAGCCGCAGCCGCAGCCGCAGCGGGAGGAGGAGGAGGAGGAGAAGAGUCAGAAAGGAGGAGGAGAGGAGAAGAGGAGGCGGCGGCAGCCGUGGUCCUCUGUACAAUUCGCAUCUUUGCACAAAACAGCCUGUGGGAUGGCGGCGGAGGAGGUGGUGGCGCGGCUCCGGCUCGGGGAGGCGGGGAGGGGCAGGCCUUGAAACGGCUUAAUCCUCAGCGGGCUGCAUAAGGGAUCGCACCAUGGAGGACUGGCCUGGCCCCAGGUACCGGGAGGAGGCAGCCCCGGAGAGGGAGGAGGAGGUGCAGGAGAAGGAGCUCUAGGGGCCGCCCGCCCACCAUCCCUCAGCAUCUCUUGCUCUCCCUCUUUCGUGGGCGCGAGCCACCGAGGCCAGGGCCGGGCCCAUGGCGGGGUAAGUGAAGCUUCCCCAGCCGCAGUCUUGCUAGCAGAGGGAGGGGAAGAAAGAGAAAGAAGAGGAAAAGGAGAAGGAGAAGGAAGAAGAAAAAGGCAGAGAGGAGGGGGAGGAAGAGAAAGAGGAGAAAAGAGAGGAGAGGGAGGAGGGGAAGGAGAAGAAAGAGGAGAAGAAGUGAGAAGAGGAGGAGGAGAGAGGAGGAGGAAGACAAGGAAUCGGAAGAAAAGGAGUGGGAGGAGGAGGAGGUAGAGGAAAGAAGGGGGGGAGGGAGGAGGAGGAGGGGAACAAACGCCUACUCCUCCCGGAGCACCAGGCUCCUAGAUGGCGAACGCCAGCGACUUGGCAGGAGCCAGCAGCCCGGCCCCGAGCAGCGCAGCGGGCGGCGGGGGCAGCGGCGGGGGCGGCGGGGGCGGCGGCCCGGCCGCACUGGGCCUCAAGCUAGCCUCGCUCAGCCUCAUCCUGUGCAUCAGCCUGGCCGGCAACGUGCUCUUCGUGCUGCUCAUCCUCCGGGAUCGGCACCUGCACCGGGCGCCUUACUACCUGCUGCUCGACCUGUGCCUGGCCGACGGGCUGCGCUCGCUCGCCUGCUUCCCGGCGGUGCUGCUGUCCGUGCGCCGGGGCGCAGGCACCGCUGGGGGGGCGCCGCCUCCCGGAGCGCUCGGCUGCAAGCUGCUCGCCUUCCUAGCCGUGCUCUUCUGCUUCCACGCCGCCUUCCUGCUGCUGGGCGUGGGCGUCACCCGCUACCUGGCCAUAGCCCACCACCGCUUCUAUGCCAAGCGCCUGACGGGCUGGCCGUGCGCCGCGGUGGUGUGCGUGGCGUGGGUGCUGGCCCUGGCCAUGGCCUUCCCGCCCGUCCUGGACGUGGGCACCUACCGCUUCGUCCGGGAGGAGGCGCAGUGCACCUUCGAACACCGCCACGUCGGGGCCAACGACACGCUGGGCUUCAUGCUCAUGCUGGCCGCCGUGGUGGGAGCCACCCACCUGGUUUAUCUUCGCCUGCUCUUCUUCAUCUACGACCGCCGGAAGAUGAAGCCCGCGCAGCUGGUGCCCGCCGUCAGCCAGAACUGGACUUUUCACGGGCCCGGCGCCACGGGCCAGGCGGCCGCCAAUUGGACCGCGGGCUUCGGCAGGGGUCCCACGCCGCCCACUCUGGUGGGCAUCCGCCCGGCCGGCCCGGGUCCCGGGGGGCAGGCCCGGCGCCUCCUCGUGCUGGAGGAGUUCAAGACCGAGAAGAGGCUUUGCAAGAUGUUUUACAUGAUCACUCUUCUCUUCCUCCUCCUCUGGGGCCCCUACAUCGUGGCUUGCUACCUGAGGGUCUUCAUUAAGGCCGGCGCCGUGCCCCAAGGCUACCUGACCACGUCAGUGUGGCUCACCUUUGCCCAGGCCGGAGUCAACCCCAUUCUGUGUUUCAUCUUUAACAAGGAGCUCCGAGUCUGCUUUCGAGCCCACUUCCCCUGCGGCCAGAGCCCCCAGACCACUCAGGGAACCCUGCUCUGCGAUUUGAAAAGCAUUGGCAUAUAACAGCGCCCAUGCCCCCCUGCUCCUCCCCUUCCCCAUGGGCUGUUUUCCUAUUCUCCCUCUCGGGGAGGGGAGGGGAGAAUCAAGUCUUUUCUGCCCCUUUUCUAGAUUGUCUUCUACAAGGAGAUCACAGAGUGUAAAUGGGGACAGAAUCUACAUUCAGACUGGUGAAAAAUAAUUUUUGUGAAUUGGUAUUUGCUUUUGAAUAGGGUAUCUCUUCCCACCUCCUUUCCUAACAGUCUUGGCUCACAUUAAUCUUCUAAACUAGAUUUUGAUUUGGACAAUAAACCCUGCCUCAUUUUGUACAGAAUUGACAUCUUUUUUUUUUUUUUUUUAAAUAAAGCCUAAACUAAUUUUAUUUGUGCAAGGCCAAGACCAGUUUUCUACAGAAACUAUUUUUGACAACCUCAAGUGGUAUUAUAUUUUGAAAUGAAGUAAAAGAGAAUGGAACUUUUGACAAUUUUAUGGGUUAAAUUUCUUGAGGGUCUUCUGUUAGAACCAGGCUAACGGACCAAAAUAUUAAAUUUGAAGUUGCCAGUUAAACAACUGCUGUUGCUAUUGUAGAUACAUUGUAGCAGUAAUUGGGAGUGAGGUUAUUUAUUGCACUAUUCCUUUGGAAAUAAUUAAGAACUUUCCGAGAAACUGUAUUUAAAAUUGGAGAGUUUAAUUCAGCAGCAGUAAUGCAGUAAUUUUUAAGCAGUGAAAUUUACUAACUUCAUCAACACAGUUAUAACACUUCUGGAAAAUACUUGUAAAACAUGACUGUUUUCUAUAUUAAAAUCACUGUUUUCUAUAACAGAUAACAUUUCUGUACAAUCAUAACUUUCAAAAUAUAAAAAUGUGUUCUGAUUAAUUGUGUAAAGAAAAUAUUGCAUGUCUUUUUAUGUACUGGAUACAAGAUACAAGCUGGUAUAGCAUUGUCAAGGACAUUAAUUAAAACUGCUUUUAAAUGUUUUUUGACAAUAAAGAUCAGUUGAAAUAAUUUUAUGGAAAGAGUUUGCACAUUGAAUAGCUUAGGGUUUUUUUUUUCCUGUGUUAUGUAAUCAUUUCCAUUUAGUAAAUUGCUCUUCUGUUAAUAAUAUGAAUGGAUGGAUAAUUAUGGUACACUACUUUUGAGCGAUAAAAUAUUUUUUUUUGGCCAGGUUUAUGCUGUGCUGUUAAAUUGAUGGUUAUUUUAAAUUAAUAAGCACUAUAAUUUUAAAGAAUGCUUCUUUGUAAGACUUGUAAUCUUAAAAUGAAAUGUAAAAUCUCUAAGUGCUGUCUACAAUGCUCCAUUUUUAUUAAUAUAACUUCCAUUUAAAAAUUUGUUUUUCUCAUUUGCAUUACACAAAUUGAAAUAUAACAAUAUUUUUAUCCUUGAGUGACUUCUUUUAUUAAUGUUAGUUUCUAGAGAAGACACUAACACUUGUUUCAAGACUAGCAAUGUUACAUCAGGCCUCUAGUAUAUUUUGUCAUGUUGCAACUUUUCUUUAAUAUGAUCCAUGGCACUAAAUCACAUUUGAAAGUAAAUGAUACUUGGUAACUGUCCUCUAGGAGUUCACCAAAUAAUGAGAGUUAAAUAAAAAAAAAUAAACUUUCAUGUAAAAUUUUAAACUCAACAAACUCAACAAAUAAAUGCCUACUAUAUACCA